UCCGGUCUCGGCCCGCCGCGGGGCUCACACGCUCGCGCCCCCUGCGGCUGGCGCGCUGGCCCGAGCCUCGAGCUCGCAGGAGGAGCCGCCGCCGACGCUGCUAUGCACCGUGAGGCCUCGACCAAAAUGGCCCUAUGUUGAGUGAUGGUCUCAUGGACAAUUUUGGAGAUUCCACGGAGAUUGUUUUAAAGACCCUCAUUUGGCAGUAUGCCCGGGGACCCUUAGGCCAACAGAUGAGGAAAGUGAGGCACGGUGAAGCUAAAGACAUUGGCUAAAGAUCACAGAACUAUUCCAGGGUGCUCGUACCCACCUCACGCCAUCCCCACCUCAUCGUAUCGCUCUGAGGCUUAGUGACAAAUAGCACAGUGGCUGGCAUAGAAAUGCAGAUAUGAUGGUUGGAGUUCCAGCAGCUAUCUUGGGCAGUGAGGCAGCUUUGAGGAUGGAAGCCUUUUGCUAAGGAAGGUGAAACACAAAGAUAGAAGACAACCAGAUUACUGAUGAUUAUGAGGCCUCCAUACCAGCCUUGGAUUGCCUGUCUUGGGACUUUUACAGGAGAGAAAAAUACAGAGGGUUUUUUCCACGUAUUUCCAUCUGCAAGCUGGAGACCCAGGAAAGCCAGUGUUGCAAUCUGAAAGGCCGAGAACCAGAGAGCCUGCCGUAUAGAUUCCGGUCUGAGUCUGAAAUCCUGGGAACCAGCAGCACCAACAGCGGGAGAAAAUUGAUGUCCCAGCUAAAGCGUGGUAUAUCUUUGGGCAAGUCAUGCUCACUCUCUGAGCCUGGAUUUCCUCAUCUGCAAAUUUGUGGAUAUGAAUGCCUACUCUACCCACGGGCCCUGGACUUUAAGGAAGAUGGUCAUUUCUCACCUUCCUGGAACCAGUCGUCCAUGCUCAGCUUUCUGGAUGAGCGUUUAAAGGAAAUGCCAGUCUAAGCAAAACAUGGUGGAAAGCAAUGGCGUUUGGAGUUAGAAAGAUUUCUGUUUGCUUCAAGAUCUCCAGCUUCUCAUUUGGCAAGUUAUUCGACUUCCCCGAGCCCUGGUUUCCUGCCAAUGAGGACAUGGCCCAGUGUGGAAGCUUGGGAUGCUGAGUGGGGGCUUUUCCUCUUGUCCCAGAAUCGUGGCUCCACCAAAGGACCGUUGUUCCCAAGGGAAGGGAGGCUGGAGGCUGGUUGCCUGAUGUGGAAGCCAGAGCCCAGUGGCAGGCCCUCCACUGGACCUGACAGAGAAAGGUACAAAGGCCUGUGGCAUCUCGGCAAGUCUUCAGGCCCGUCUGUGACUCUUCCUGUAACCAAAGGCCUUUUCCUGUGUUUGAACUCUGCCACCAAUGGCUGUCCUACCAAAGGCCGCCUUCUAUUCACUGACAGCUGCUUUGAACAUCAGUCACAUCAGGUCAUUUGCCAAGCUGUGCGCCUCAGGUCACAUCGCUCUGAAGCCUCUGGUUUGUCAGCUUCAAAGUGCCUCGCAAAUGGCGACUUGCCUCCUUUGGGUGAAUAUUAAAAGAAGCGGAAGCCUGGACAGCUCAUGACACUUCUGGAAUUAAGGCUGGAAGCUUCUAUCAUUUCUCAGAAGAAAACAGGAGCUAAGAAGAGCUGUGAAGCCUACUGCCAGGCCUAACGGCCAACACAUAUGACUGAGGAUGCUUGGAGAGAGCCUGUAAGGAGAAGAAAAGGCCACUCUGGAGGAAGGCUGUGAAAAGACGAGCUCUACUGAACUAUGAAAGUGGAUACUGGAUGAGAACGCUUGCUCACGUCUGGCCUGGUACUCAUCUGAGAAAAAAAGAGAACGAAGUAUUGUUCCUGUUCUCUUUCUUAAGUCAUCUGAAACACUGUCCCUGCGAGUUCCUUAAGUUCCCUGCAAUCUGUACACAAGAGAAGGAGGGAGAGAGAGAGGGAGACAGACAGAGAGCAAGGGAUCAGGUAAAGCAGUGGGGCUGCUGCAGCCAUUCAGACUCAGGAGCUGGAAAAUUGCCAAGGAUGCAGAAGGAAAUGAAGAUGAUCAAAGAUGAGGAUGUGCAUUUCAAUUUGGGUGUGAAGAGGACCCCCUCCUUUCCCCACUGCCUGCAGCCAGUGAUUUCCCGAGGGAAAGCUCCCCAAAGACACCCCUUCCCAGAAGCUCUCCGGGGGCCUUUUUCUCAGUUCCGGUAUGAACCCCCUCCCGGAGACCUAGAUGGGUACCCGGGGGUCUUUGAAGGAGGAGGGUCUCGGAAGCGGAAGAGCAUGCCCACCAAGAUGCCCUACAAUCACCCAGCGGAAGAAUCUGCUCUUGCCCUCCAGUCUGACGAGAGCAAAACCCACGCCCCGCCGAACUUCCCUCUGUUGUUCCCGCAGCCCCCGCGCCCCAAGUAUGACUCGCAGAUGAUAGACCUGUGCAACGUGGGCUUCCAGUUCUACCGCACCCUGGAGCACUUGGGGGGCAAAGCCGUCAAGCAGGAGCCCGUGAAGCCCAGUGCCAUGUGGCCCCAGGCAACACCCGCUCCAUUCCUGCCCACGCCCUACCCCUACUAUCCCAAGGUCCCCCCGGGCCUCAUGUUCCCCUUCUUCAUGCCCUCCGCCUCCCCCUUCCCGUUCAGCCGGCACACCUUCCUGCCCAAACAGCCCCCGGACCCGCUGCUGCCCCGCAAAGCUGAGCCCCAGGAGAGCGAGGAGACCAAGCAAAAGGUGGAGAGGGUGGACGUGAAUGUGCAGAUCGACGACAGCUACUACGUGGACGUGGGCGGGGCGCAAAAGCGCUGGCAGUGCCCCAACUGCGAGAAGUCUUACACCUCCAAGUACAACCUGGUGACUCACAUCCUGGGCCACAGCGGGAUCAAGCCGCACGCGUGCACCCGCUGCGGGAAGCUCUUCAAGCAGCUCAGCCAUCUGCACACCCACAUGCUGACCCACCAGGGCACGCGGCCCCACAAAUGCCAGGUGUGCCACAAAGCCUUCACUCAGACCAGCCACCUGAAGCGCCACAUGAUGCAGCACAGCGAGGUGAAGCCGCACAACUGCCGCGUGUGCGGCCGGGGCUUUGCCUACCCCAGCGAGCUCAAGGCCCACGAGGCCAAGCACGCCAGUGGGCGGGAGAACAUCUGUGUGGAGUGCGGCCUCGACUUCCCCACCUUGGCCCAGCUGAAGAGGCACCUCACCACGCACCGGGGCCCCAUCCAGUACCACUGCUCCGAGUGUGACAAGGCCUUUCAGUACCCCAGCCAGCUGCAGAACCACAUGAUGAAGCAUAAGGACAUCCGCCCGUACAUCUGCUCGGAGUGUGGCAUGGAGUUCGUGCAGCCCCACCACCUCAAGCAGCACUCCCUCACCCACAAGGGUGUGAAGGAGCACAAGUGUGGGAUUUGUGGGCGGGAGUUCACUCUGUUGGCCAACAUGAAGAGACAUGUGCUGAUCCACACCAAUAUCCGCGCCUACCAGUGUCACCUCUGCUACAAGAGUUUUGUGCAGAAACAGACCCUGAAAGCACACAUGAUCGUUCACUCUGAUGUGAAGCCUUUCAAGUGCAAGCUGUGUGGGAAGGAAUUCAACCGGAUGCACAACCUCAUGGGCCACAUGCACCUGCACUCCGACAGCAAACCCUUCAAGUGUCUCUACUGCCCGAGCAAAUUCACCCUGAAAGGGAACCUGACACGCCACAUGAAAGUCAAGCACGGGGUCAUGGAGCGGGGCCUUCAUUCUCAAGGGUUUGGAAGGGGGAGAAUCGCCCUGGUGCAGACGGCAGGCGUCCUGCGGGGCCUGGAGCAGGAGGAGCCCUUCGACCUGUCCCAGAAGCGCCGGGCGUUCCAGUCUGAUGGGGAGAGCGCCAGGGGCAGCUCCUGCCAUGAGGAGGAGGACGAUGACACCUGCUAUGAGAUGGAGCGGGACAGUCCGGGCCUGGCCUCCCAGAGUGGACAGUUCUGCGCGCCCCAAGAUCUCUCCACCAAGGCCCAGCCGGUCCCCGGGGCUCUCCAAGAAGCCUGCGAGGAAGAGAAGGAGGAAGAGGAGAAGGACAUGCCACAGGAAGAACGCCAGGAGAAGAGCAAGGACAGCCUUGGGGUAGAGGGCUGCCAGGAAAGAGACUCUGCCCACAGAGACGACUGUCCCAGCCUCAGGGCUCUGCAGAGCACCCGGCGGAGUGCCUCCUUUUCUGAUUACUUAUACUUCAAGCACAGAGAUGAGGGUUUAAAAGAAUUACUGGAGAGGAAAAUGGAAAAACAAGCAGUGCUUUUAGGUAUCUAAGUGGGCAGUUUUAGAAAUACAUUUGGAGGAAGAGAGCUAGGCGGUUCAAAUAUAGCUUUCUGCAUGAGCUGUCAUUUGCUGGAAGCUGGCAAAUGGCACACCUCUUCACAAAUGGCUCAGACUAAAUGAGCAGGGACCGUCUUCAGUAAUGUAAAUGCUUCUCAGGUCAUUGAUGAGGCCCUUGAUUUUUUAAUACAUGUGCAGGGUCUUCUUCAGUGUUAUUUGAUGCAUCUCCAGUAUGAUAAGCUGUACAUAUUCUUCUAGAUAUCUAACUGUAAGCUGAUACUGAGGUGCUUUUAGAAAUUCUAUUUUUCUUUGACUAAUACGCAAUAUAUGGUAAAUUUCUUUCAAGUUGCAAAAAUAUGGUGCUUGACAUGUUACCUUCUUAAUGACUAUUUAGUUGAAUGUGUGAAAAUUAUAAUAUUUUUCUAGAUAGAUGAAAAUAUGAGUAGUUGUAUAUAUAUAAAAAUUGCCUUUAUUAAAUAAUCAAAAAUAUCAGAAAUGACACAGGAGGGUGAGUUAUUGAAAAGACUGUUGUCACAUAGUCGCUGUAGAGAUAAGAUAAAAUUUCAAGAGAAACGAAUAAUUCUGACUAAGGAAAAUCCAGCCUAGGCCUGCCUUGUUCUGCUCCACUUACCUUCAUCAGAUGUGGCAUUUGGAGCAUAUUUUCAGGUGGCCCAGCACUUCACAGCGUCUACAGGCAAAUACCUUGUGUCCUGAGCACAGCUCCGUCCUGGAGACCUGGCUCAGAGGCCUCGUGCCCCACAAAGCAGCUGCAGGAAAAGUUGUCACCUGUGAGCAGUGGGUUUCUCCUCAGUGCUGGAGCUAUAGGAGUGGGGGAGGAAGUCUCCCCGAAAUCUAAGUUCUGACUUAUUUGGAGUAUUAGAAUAACCAUCAGCUAAUCACUAGUAAGGGAGAUUCUGGGCUGUGUUCUCAAUGCUGGCUAUAGGUUAGAAUCAGCUUGGGGAGGCUUUUAAAGAAUAUCAAUGCUGGGGCCUCAGCCCCCCGAGAUUCUGAUUUAAUUGGUGUAAAGUGAAGCCCCUGGUUAUUUUCCAAAUUGCCCCAUGAUUCUUAUAUGCAG